AACUGACUCCCCCACCUGGCCAGACAUAACUGUUUGUCUAAUGUUUUCUAUGCUUUGAAUAUUUCAAUUGUAAAAUAACCCAAUUUAUAGGCAAAUAGAAAACCCGAGUCGAGUCAGUUCAACAACAUGAGCCGGCAGCUGAAGUUUCACAUCCAAGCUCCGGAGGAGGAGGCGUUCCCUACCGACCUCGUGGAGAUUAAUCUGAAUCCCAACUGCGGCCAGGCUAAGCAGAAGUCAGCCCAGGCCCUGGACACGUUACUCCUCGCCACGCCACCGCACCGGGGCUAUCCUUACGGGUAUGCCGAGGACUCGGAGCCGGAAACCUACUUCUGUCGCAAGUCCAACUCCACGGGCCAGCUGGCGGAGAAGGUGUCCCCACCGCCACCGGCGGCCACCAACAUCAGUUGCCUGCGCCAAAUGUACUGCCCGGAGUGCCACGAGCGGUUGCACGAGCAGGGAGUCCGGCUAGAGCGGUUGCUGACCAUGUGCUGCUUUUCUCUGCUACCACUUUAUCCCUGCUGUCCAAGGAAAUCCAGAAACGAUUGCAAGGUCAUCUGCGGCAAAUGUGGUUACCUCCUGGGGGCAUGGAAGAGACAAUGACAAAGCGACGAGGGGUGGGGAAGCUGGGCACACGAAGUGGGUGCUUCACAAUUAAUUGUUUAUUUUGUUUAGUUUUUUAAUCACUUUUUUGUUGUUGGCCUUGUGGCGAGUGAUGAGCACUGAGACUGAAGAGCCACCAAAAAUUUGCGAAUAUUUGUUAUUUUUUGCAUUACUCUCCUAAUUUUUCUCUUAAAU